AGUAUAUUUCAGAAGUUGGCUGCAAGUUGUUUUUUUUGAGAGGGGGAGAAGAAGAAGAAGAAGAAGAAGUAGAAGGAGGAGGAGGUGAAAAAAAGAGAAAAGUUUGCGUGUUGGGAAGUAGAGGAGGAUUUUUCCAGCCUGUGGAAAAAAUGGAUGCGGGUAUAGAGAAGGAAUGCAGCGCCUUGGGAGGGCUCUUCCAGCUCAUCAUGAACGACAUGAAGGCCAGUUAUCCUACGUGGGAGGAUUUUGUAACCAAAGGAACCAAGCUACAAUCACAGCUCAGGACGACCAUCUUGGUGACUGGAGCCUUCCUGGAUGCUUUUCAGAAGGUGGCAGACAUGGCGACAGGAACCAGAGGUGCCACCAAGGAGAUCGGCUCAGCGCUGACGAGGAUGUGUAUGAGACACCGCAGCAUCGAGUCCAAGCUCAAACUGUUCACCACAGCUCUCUCAGAAAGUCUCAUCACGCCGCUGGAGCUGAAGAUGGAGGAGUGGAAAAAGGUGGCGAGUCAACUGGAUAAAGAUCACGCUAAAGAGUAUAAGAAGGCGAGAGCGGACAUCAAGAAGAAAUCAUCAGACACCAUCAAACUGCAGAAGAAGGUCAAGAAAGGGAAGGACGAGGUGCGUGGCCAACUGGACAGCGCGUUGCAGGACGUCAACGUGCGUUACGUCGUCCUGGAGGAGACGGAGAAGCGAGCGGUUUGCAGAGCGCUGGUAGAGGAAAGAGCUCGCUACUGCAACUUCGUCACCAUGCUGAAACCUGUACUGGACCAUGAGAUCAACAUGCUGGGUGAGGUGACCCAUCUGCAGACCAUUUUGGAAGAUCUGACCAACCUGACAGCUGAGCCCAACAAACUCCCACCAGCCAGUGAGCAGGUGAUUUUGGACCUGAAAGGUUCUGAUUUCAGCUACACCUAUCAGACGCCUCCAGCCUCUCCCAGUGGCACUCUGUCCAGGAAGAGCAGCAUUAGCAGUAACUACCAGUCUGGAUCAGUGAGACACGUUCCCUCCUUGGACUCCAUCAGCUGUGCUGUGGAUGGAGUACGCAUCCAGGAUGCAGUCGGCUCCAACAAUCAGCUGGCUUCUGGAGGAGCGGAGAACGGCCUGCUGGCUCCCCCACACAACGUUUACCAUGGAGAGAGAGCCCGCGCCAUGUCUGCAUCUGGGAAGUCUUGCUCGGCCCGUGAUCAGUUGGCGCUGACGUUGGGCGUGUUGAAUUCGGACGCCCCGAGGAGCAGCAGGGACUCUCUGCACUGUUCCAGCGGCUACAGCACCCAGACCACGACCCCGUCCUGCUCUGAGGACACCAUACACACACACACAGUAAAGAGAGAUCCUCCCCUCUAUGUUGACUACGAGUCCAUCUCUCUCCACGGAGACGCCGACUCCAUCUCUUUACAUCAUCUCUCUCACAUCAACAGCCAAUCAGACUUCGACAAAUCUUCGACCAUCCCAAGGAACUCCGAUCUCAGUUUCCAGUACAGGAAGUUUGCUCAGUCCCAGCGCCCCACCUCCACCGUCAGCCUGUUGGCCGAGCAAGAAUUGAUUGGCGGGUCUGUACGCCAGCUGCCGACUCACACGGCAACCAUCAGACGCAAGCCGUCGUCCAAGCCGGCGUAUCGUAGGGGUACGAUCAGCGGCGGGGUUCCCAUACCCAUCUGCACCCCUCAGAUCCCCCUCAAAGCAAUCGCAGGAAACGGCGGCAGCGAUGACAAUGUGUUCGCAGUGCCCUCUGCUGUAGGAGCAGGAGGUUUAGGUCACAGUAAACUCUGCACCUCCACGCAGAGCCUCAGCGCCUUGCCUCCCAACUCCUCUUCCUCACCGUACUACCAGCUGGUCCCGGGUCAGAUGCCCAUCCCGGUGCCCGUACCCACCGUACCCUCCCUGCCACCAGAUGGCAGCAACGCCAAACAGCAUCAACAGAGACAGUACCAGCAGCAACUACACCAACAGCAACAGCAACAAAUCAACCAACAUUUAAACCAUCAGCAGCAAAGUGGGCAACUGCUGCAGCACAACCAACAACUGCAGAUUCAACAGCAGCAGCAUCAAUAUCAGCAGCAACAGUUUCAUCAGCAGCAGCAGCUUCAGCAACAGUUUCAGUAUCAACAGUCUCAGCUGCAGCAUCAGCAUCAGCAGGAUCUGUAUCAGCAGCAGCAAGAUCAGCUGCAGCACCUGAACCAGCAGCAGAAACAGAAGCUGUUCCAGCAGCAGCAGCAGCAGGCCUCCGUUGCCCAGGGAGACCCCUCCGCUCCGGGCCACAGCGCUCACUACCAGCCCCAGCCUCCUCCGCCCUCCAUCCAGGACCAGAACCCGGAGCAGCCGACCCAGGAGGGAGAAGGAAACAUGCUGAAUCUCAUCAGAGGGGUGAAGCUCAAAAGGACCCUCACCAACGAUCGCUCCGCCCCUGCGCUGCCCCCUCCGACCAAUCACAAAUGAGGCUUCCCUGCUGGUUAAACUGUCAUGUUUAAAUGGGUCCAGCAAACACGUAGACUUUCCUGUUCUCAGUACAGAUUGUGGACUUGACAAACGCGCUGAUUAAUCGCUGGAACUCUUCUUGUGUCUUGUUUGAUUUUAAGUUCUGCGUUAAGAUUUUUCUGUUUGUCUUUUAACUUUUUUUUUUUCUUUUUGAGAUUUUGUUAUUAUUUCCUGUUGCUGCAGCGACCAUCUUUUGCCUUUUUUGUUUUUGCAUUUCGAUUGUGGAUAAAGUUUUUGUUCGACCCAGUCUUACCCAUGGAACCAUUGAUUGUUUUUAGUUAGUGCUCACUUCCUGUUCAGACGAUUGUUACACGGCUCGUUAAUCAGCCGGACAGGAAGCUGUUAGUGUCUCAGAUCCUCUUUGAGUUCUGGGGUGUGUUUGAUUUGCCUUUUUUUUGCCUAGACUCCCAGGAGGGUGGGGUUUAUUGAUUAGUCCAAUAGCUCCACUAUUGUGUAACGUGGUUGAACCAUGACGUGCGGAGGUUUUAAUGUGCUGGCUGUGGGUAAGCAGAGGGUCCCGUGUAUCUGAAUGGUGAGUGGCAGUACUCGGCUCAGUCUCGGUCAUCUCACAGGGUCAAAUACUGAACCUGACGCUCAUGACUCUGGAAUAAAACAUCACCUGGAUCUGUAGAUUGUAAAUAUGUCAGAACAAAGAAAAAAAAAAGCUUUAGGAGCAGCUGAGGAGGUGAUGUUUUGCUUAAUUUCACAUCAUCCUUUGCCUCCAUGUAGAAAUCUUAAAUAGACAUAUCGGGAUGCCAAAUGGUGCAGCUGAAAGUCACUGCUUGUAGUAAAGGAUUUAAAAUGUUACUGAGGUUGAUCAUCUGGUAAAUAAUUAGCUUGUUAAUAUUCAGAAUAAUCUUGAUUAUAAGUCAGUGAUUCGUCGGCAACUUUUAGAGGCAACAUGGACGUUGUUGGAGAAGCAGAUUGGCGACUGUGGACCACAUUCUUGCUGAUAACAUAGCGGGCUAUGAGGAGCAGAACUAUAGAGGUUCACAUUAAAAGAACUUUGAUUUCUUUCUGUUUCUAAAGACACAGGAUCUAAUAUGUUUAAUAAAGACACUGCUAGAAGUUGCUUUUGUUUGUGUGUUUAAAUUCAGCCCCCCCCCUCAUAAACACUUAGUUUCAAUCAGCAUCCAAACUGGAAAUCUUCCAACUCUUUACGUCCUGCUUUAGAGUUCAGGACUGUGUGUGCAUUCAGGCAACGUUUAUUUAUCUUUUUAUUUAUCUACAGAGUUUGGUUAGGCUCCAAAUAGCUGGUUCUAUUUUGGAUCUGGUUCCAUGCUGCUGAAACAUUUGGGUUUGUUAUCACGUAAAUUGAAUUAAUCCCUUCAUCCAGUCUAAUAUUGUUUUGGUUUUUUUUGGUUCCAGACCUCUGAAUCACCGCCCACAUUACAGAAAAAUGUGUUGCAGCUAAUUGAUUGGAUGUUUUACCCAUUUAGAAAAUCAACCAAGCUAAUCAAAGCUUAGGAGCGAUUAGAAAUGAGGAUGUAAUCUUCCAGAAAGCAGAAAAAUAACAGCAAAGUGGAACACAGUGUGCAAAGUACUGUGUGACUGUCGGAGAGUUAUCGCAGACUGUGCUUCCUAAAAAAAGUAGGUCUGCCUCAGCCGCAAUACUGCACGACUCUCCGUCCUGUAUGCUGGUAAAAAAUAUAAUGUCAAUAUUUUAAAAGAAGCUGAAAAAUGCACAAACCCAACUCAACGCCACACCACAGCACAUUGCAAUAUUUCUUAAGUCAAUUACGGAUCCAACCUGCCAGUAUUAUCUCCAUGCCAACAGCUGCAGCAUCAAUAUAAAAUAAAAGUGGCUUAAUUAUUUAGUUUUUAGGGACCAAGAUCUCCUGAGACAUCCCUGGUUUUGCACACUGGUCAAUAUGUAGAAAUAACAACUCCUACAUCAGCAUUUUUCUUAAACUGCUCUGAACAACAGCUGCCAGAGGUUUUGUGCCCCCAAAAUGUUAUUAGAAAUGGCCGUUCAGUCAGAUCAUCAUGGUUCGUGUAUAAAAUGUUCAGGUUGUCUUUAAAUUGUAAAUAUGGUAAAACUUUGAUGUACUUUAAUUCAAACUUUUGUUACUUAAAGUUGUUAAUAAGCCAAAUGCAGAUGUGCGUUAGAGCAGAGAUUCAGGGGGGAGGGUCUGAUUAGAUCAUUAUUAAACCCUGACAGGUACUGCUGAGCAGUAUUAAGAAGGAGAGCAGAAAACUGAAUCAUAUAGAGACUUAAAAGGUUCAAAGGUCAUAUCAACCAGCUGUAGACUUUAAACUUGACUUCAGCUGCUGUCUGUUACAUAUGAUGAUGCUGAAAAACUUACGUUGCCUCUAAAAGUUGCCGGCCGAGUGUCUCUCACAAAGCAAAGCAUGCUGGGACGCAGGGUCGUAGCUACCACUGACACACUGAGGUCAUGUCCUGUUCUUCUUCUGUGUCAUUUAAAGGGUUUCAUGACAUGAGAAGGUUACUCGGGCUGCAAGUAUCAAGUAUUUUUUUUAAAUUAUUGAUUAAAUUGUUGUAUAUUGUUUUAUUUAAUCAUUUGGUCGAUA